UUGUCGACGUCACUCUGGACGGACAGACAGCACAGCGCGCGAGCAUGGUCGCCUGGGAGACGGGAGGCUGAGGAGCGUUUGGACCGGAACUACGAGUAGGCGCGCGCGCAGGGGGUAAAAACCGCGCACACGCAAAAACUUUUGACCGCGCAUGGAGCAGCAGUUUCCAAUCGGGAUGAAGGCAAAAAAAUAGAAUAAAAAAGUAAUCGGGAAGUUUACAGGUGCUCUAACCUGGGAUUUCAGAUUUGUUACAGACUGCGUGUAGUGAGAAGCUCGAUAUCGGAGUGGAGCAGCAUGGCAGAUGUGUGGAUGUGGAUUAGACCCGGCAGGCGCUACGGGUGAUCACACACUUUUAAAAAAAUAUACCAAAUGCAAUAUGAUGCUUUAAUUGAUCGUCCAAUUAAAGGCAGAGUGAUAACUUACUAUUGACUAUAAAGGAUAAACAUGUCUGAAACUGAAAGGUUAAAAUGGCAGAGGAUGGAAAAGUUCCUUCUAAAGCACUGAAUGCGCGCAUGGAGAGCCAAAUGUAGCGGUAUGAUGGAGCGCGUUGGGAAUCUCCUGGUCUCACUGAGGAGCGCUCUGCUCUGGAGCUUCCUGUGGCAAGCAAUGUCCUGUUAUGAGAAGACUCAUUCCUUCGCUGAGGAUGAACUGUUUAAGAAGCUUUUCGUUGGAUAUAACAAGUGGUCGCGGCCUGUGCCAAACACCUCAGACGUGGUCAUCGUUAAGUUUGGCUUGUCCAUUGCCCAGCUUAUUGAUGUGGAUGAGAAAAACCAAAUGAUGACAACCAAUGUCUGGUUGAAGCAGGAGUGGAAUGACUAUAAAUUGCGUUGGAAGCCCUCUGAUUAUGACAAUGUGACGUCCAUCAGGGUGCCAUCUGAGCUCAUUUGGGUUCCAGACAUUGUGCUGUACAACAAUGCAGAUGGAGAGUUUGCUGUGACCCACAUGACCAAAGCUCACCUUUUCCACACAGGUAAAGUGCGCUGGGUUCCUCCUGCCAUCUACAAAAGCUCCUGCAGCAUUGACGUCACCUUUUUCCCCUUUGACCAGCAAAACUGCAAAAUGAAGUUUGGCUCAUGGACAUAUGACAAAGCCAAGAUUGAUUUAGAGCGCUUAGAGACCACUGUGGAUCUUAAGGACUACUGGGAGAGCGGCGAAUGGGCCAUUGUCAAUGCUGUGGGGACAUACAACACCAAGAAGUACGACUGCUGCCACGAGAUUUAUCCAGACAUCACGUACUUCUUCAUUAUCCGACGCCUUCCUCUCUUUUACACCAUCAACCUGAUCAUUCCAUGUUUGCUGAUCUCCUGCCUGACUGUGCUGGUCUUCUACCUGCCAUCAGACUGUGGUGAGAAGAUCACGCUGUGCAUUUCUGUCCUUCUAUCUCUCACCGUCUUCCUGCUGCUCAUCACAGAGAUCAUCCCGUCCACAUCACUGGUUAUACCACUUAUUGGAGAGUAUCUACUUUUCACCAUGAUCUUUGUCACAUUGUCUAUAAUCAUCACUGUGUUUGUCCUGAAUGUGCACCAUCGCUCACCAGGUACCCACAAGAUGCCAAGUUGGGUGCAUACUAUCUUCCUUGACAUCAUCCCACGCUGGCUCUUUAUGCGCAGACCGGCUCCCUAUGGACGGCGUCGGCAAAGACUGCUUCUCCUGAAAAGUCAAAGGUCACGAGGACUUGGGGCUUCUGUUGGUCCAUGUCUCAGCACUUCAGCCAACUGGUUCAGGGAGGUGGCUAAAAAUGAAGAAACAUGCACACAGUGCUUCUACCAAGACCUAGAGCUGGGAACACUGUCUGCUAAUUUCUCUCUCUCCUUCCGCCCUCCUUCUCCUCGUCCACCCGGCUCCACCCCAACUCCAUCUCCCCCACUCCCUCCUUCUCUUCCUUCUUCUCUGCCUCUGAAACAUGGACAUUCUAUGAGACAUGAUUCAGUGCUGGGUUCCAGGCUUCCAAGGCGUAGAGUGAACCAUACCAUGCAACAAUCGGACAAUGACCAAUUCCUUCUCUCUCCGAGCAUAAUACAAGCUCUGGAGGGAGUUCACUACAUAGCAGAUCAUCUGAGAGCACAAGAUGCCGACUUUAGUGUUAAAGAGGACUGGAAGUAUGUUGCCAUGGUGAUCGAUCGGAUCUUCCUGUGGAUGUUCAUCAUCGUUUGUCUGCUGGGUACCAUCGGCCUGUUUCUUCCCCCAUGGCUGGCUGGCAUGAUCUAGAGCCACUUACAUGAACUUGCAGACAAGCAGUUUGGGCGCUGAGGAAAAACUUGUCAUUACCGACAGUGACUGAGUGUGCCACAUGGAUGAAUAAUAUGGAAACUGUGCCAAAAUAUUUGAAUGAAGGGCAAGAAAUUCAUCAUGGAGCAGAAUGUCUAUCAGCACCGUGCAAGAGCCCAGAAAGCAAAUUUAUCUUUGAAUGUAAAGCCUUGCAAUAAAUCCUGAUGAAUAAAAUAUGGCACCUUCAAAAAGGA